GGAAGUAAAGCAUGUGCAAUCCUCACUCGACAAUCUCUUUUGGUCUAAAUUAAAUUAUGGGUUAAUGCCACCAUCAAAACAACGAAACAUUCACUUAAAAUGUUGCCUUGUGAUUGAAAAUGCCCGUGUGUUAAAUAUUCAGCAGAAUCGACCUAAAUAAUUGUCUGCUCGUCGUGUUGGUCAGCAUGCAAGACUGGGUCAGUCUGUGUGUCUUUAGCCUGUUGUUAAGUCUGAUAACAAUAGCAUGUUACAUGUUGUACUCGGGACUAUCGUCAGACAUCAUCGUACUGACAGGCUCUCCUCCCAUAAAGAAGAUCACAGUUGCCUACAAAUUCAAACAAGGACCAUACAAAAACUGUGGACAACUUUUUAAGGAGUCUCACAGUAUUGGACCAAAGCUGUCAUGUAUAGGAGUAUAUUAUGAUGACCCUAAAAAGGUGCCUGGGCCACUAUGCCGAUAUGCUGUGGGCAGUAUUCUGAGCGAGGGAGAAAACAAGGCGGACGAGGAGCUUCUAAAAAGCUACAAGUCAUCGAGCUUUAAUGUCUUCUCUUUUCCUGAAGUCACACAUGUGGUCACUACCUCGUUCCCCCGAAGGACAUUUCUCUCUGUCCUUCUGGGAGUAAGAAGAGUUUACCCACAGCUGGAGCAAUACAUCAAGAAGAGGAGGCUGUGUGCACACCCGUUCAUCGAGAUCUACAGAGAGGGUCACAUCCACUUCAUGGCCCCCUUGGCUCGGCAGGGAGAUUUCUACGUGCCUGAGGUCAGGCGGAUAGAAAGGAGGAUAUCAGAAGAAGAGGAAAUGCAUAGUGACUCAGAUGUCUCAGGUGCAGACUCCAACAGUGAAUACAGCUCAGGGAGUGGGGUUCUCCUGUCAGACAGCAGAGAGACGUCCCUGGCGGCGUCCUCGGUCCGCUCUGUGUCUCUCCAGGAUCAAGAGGAGAGAGACUGCAGAGAGCCAAGCUCGGGGGGAAUCUCCCUGAAAGAGCUGGACUGUGAGCAGACUGGUGGACAGCGGGUGGAGAGAGAAGAGCUGCUUCAUGGAGACUCCGACCAGAAGAGCCUGGAGGCUCCCACGCAGGAGUGGUGGGGUGUUGUUGGAGAGGAGUGAGAGCUCAGUUAGAAAUGUUGGUUAAAGAUGAGAGAACUUGGAUUGAUUUUCAAGAGAUUUGGAUGUGCAGUUAAUAAAGCAUGUCUCACAUUGUGUCCAUGAGGAGAUGGGUAAAGGAUACGAAAGCCUGUUUUUUGAUAUUGUGAACAAACACAAUGAAAAGACCGCCACCAUGGGUUAGUCAAUACUUUCAGACAUCUUCACUAGUUUGGGAGUCGUUCCUUGAAUAUGAAUCGAAGGAAACUGGUCAUUUUGAAACAAAACAUUUCAAAUGAGAUCUUUACCUAAAACACAGGGAAGCAAGCCAACGUUACAUAAAAAGCAGUAUGUAGUGCAGUGUAUGAAGACUACUUUUAGAUGUGGAUUAAUCCACAAUUUUCAUGGCGGUCAAAUAUAGUAUAUACAAAAUUCAUGAUGGCUGAACUUAUUUUCCAUUUUUAAACAUUAGUCUAAAUUGUGUAGUCAAAUAGCUUUUAGAAAAACAGGGGAAUAAGUAUUAGCAGGCUUGGCAACACAUGGCGAUAUCUGAUGGUGGACUUGAUCCAUUUUAAAUGUUGGUCCUAUAUUUCUUUAAACGUUUAGUUUUUGGGCUUUUUAUGCCUUUAUUUUUUUUGUUGAUGGGACAGUGGAAGGAGUCAGAAAAAGGAGGGGAGACAAUUUAGGAAUGACAUGUGGGAAAGGAGCAACAGAUCAGAUUUGAACCCGGGCCACCAGCUUGGAGGACCAUAGCCUCCGUACAAGGGUGUGCAUACUAACCACUAGGCUACCCGCGCCCCCAAAAUGUUGGUCUUUUCACUGGAUUUGAUGAUAAUACAAAAAAAUAAAACUGUAACUUGACUCUUUAAAUAGGACUGUUUUAAGUAGAGUGCUUGAAUCUGCUUGAUUCUGAUAACCCCAACGAUCACUUGAACUCUUCAGUUGCUAUUCAGGUAGCUCAAGUAACUGAAGUAAUAAUGUUUAUCAUAAUGAGAGGAGAUGGAUACACUGAGUACUUGUUAGCCAAAGAAUUUUACUUGAACAUCCAUCUGUAUUUUAUGUUUUCAGUUUAAGUCUUCAGCUGGUUUCAGUAUAAUUCAAAUAUUUGAGAAUUGUUUAUAUGUUGCUGUAUGAAGCUCCAUGCCACUUGUAUUUCAUACAAGAUUUUUGUAAAGCUACAUACAAAAAAUUCUGUUAGAGGGUUAAAUUCAUUGUAUCACAAACAAUAGACUGUGUGUAGGAUGUGGCAUCUUGUUAUUAAAAGUUAAACCAUCUCAGUGUCUUAGACAUACAUACUUUGUAACGGCCAGCAGGGGAUGACUACUGAGAAGUCCAUUUGCAUAAAAACAUAAAAACAGGAAAUUGAACAUUCUUCUUAGUAAAUCAGUACCUCAGUUCGUAAUGAGUUAAUGUUCUUAAAUCCACUAUUCAAGUCUUCUUUAAGAAUUUUGUCAAUUUGUUUCAUAUUAGAGCAAAAUAAAUGAUAAAGCAGGUUAAAGGCUGUAGGGCUACCUGUCAAUCAGGAUGGAGAUUUAACAAGUACAACAACACUAGUGUGUAGUAGUAGUAGUGUAUUAGUGUGUAGUACAGUAUGUCUCUUGAGAAAAGAAAAUAGUUUCCCCUAGGUGAUUAAUAAAGUAUCUUCUUCAUAGUUUUCUUCUUCACAGCUGUCAUCCCCUUCUUUUAUACAGUCUAUGGAACCAACUGAUAUAUGGGACUGAAAUGGCUGUGGGCACAUACUGUAGACCUCUUGAAGAGUUCUGUUGUUUUAUUUUGUGUUUCUUGUGUUUGGUUGAAAUCUGUGCACCAUGUUAUAAGUGCUCAAUGAUUGUCUUUACAUGGCUGUGUGUCGGCAUAGCUCUAUUGGUUAAAUGUUAAAAUGUUCCAUAUUUCCAAAGAGAACGUGUGAAUGAGGCCAUAAUUACUUUCUUCUUGCACUGGUAAUGAUCACCUCUAUGAUUGGGAACAUGAUUAUGGUAAGUGUGAAGCCUGCCGCCAUUAUCACGCCUGGAGAAAGAUGACAAGACAAGUGGGCUGACCAUUAAUAUUCAUUUCACUAUUAGUGAAAGCAAAGCUCAGCGUCUCUGCUCUGUAUUUAUAGUCUCUCUACAUCUGGCCUGAAGCAUCCUCUAAUUACCCUCACACAUUCACUCCCAAAUAAUUUAUUUUCUGUUUAGCCAUCAGAUUCUUUCUCAACCUUCCUCCCAUCUGCCGCCUCUUUCCACAAGCUGAUUUUCAUUUGUUUUUUUUGUUUUUUAAAUCUUUGUAUUUUUUUUUCUUGUUCCCUCUGAAAUAAAUAUGGCAGCUGCAGCCUGAAAGAUCA